UUUUCUGUUUACAAGCCUGAAGAUGGCUGCUGCUUCUUCCUGCAAUGUGGAAGAAGAUGAGAGCCUGAAGGGAUGUGAACUCUAUGUUCAGAAGCACAACAUCCAACAGAUUUUAAAAGAGUGCAUUGUCAACCUUUGCAUAGCAAAGCCAGACCGACCCAUGAAGUUCCUCAGAGAACACUUUGAAAAAUUAGAAAAGGAAGAAUGCAAACAAAUACUGGCUCGGCAGAAAUCCAGUUCCCAGUCUGAUUCUCAUGACGAUGAGAUUUCCCCUCCUCCUCCCAACCCAGUGGUAAAAGCCCGACGCAGGAGAGGGGGGGUCAGUGCAGAAGUGUACACGGAGGAGGAUGCUGUUUCUUACGUCAGAAAGGUUAUUCCAAAGGACUAUAAAACUAUGACUGCUCUGGCAAAGGCCAUCUCCAAGAACGUGCUCUUUGCUCAUCUUGAUGACAAUGAACGAAGUGACAUAUUCGAUGCCAUGUUCCCCGUCACACACAUCGCAGGAGAAACAGUCAUACAACAGGGUGAUGAAGGAGACAACUUCUAUGUGAUUGACCAAGGCGAGGUGGAUGUUUAUGUCAACGGGGAGUGGGUCACCAGCAUUGGAGAAGGAGGCAGCUUUGGGGAACUGGCAUUGAUCUACGGAACACCCCGGGCCGCCACCGUCAAGGCCAAGACAGAUCUCAAGCUCUGGGGCAUCGACAGAGACAGCUACAGACGCAUUUUAAUGGGCAGCACGCUGAGAAAGCGGAAGAUGUAUGAAGAAUUCCUGAGCAAGGUCUCCAUUUUGGAGUCCCUGGACAAAUGGGAGCGGCUGACAGUGGCUGAUGCACUGGAACCUGUCCAGUUUGAAGAUGGAGAAAAAAUUGUUGUGCAGGGAGAGCCCGGUGAUGACUUCUUCAUUAUUACAGAGGGCACAGCUUCUGUUCUGCAGCGCCGGUCUGACAACGAGGAGUACGUUGAAGUUGGAAGACUUGGUCCAUCGGAUUAUUUUGGUGAGAUAGCGCUACUGCUCAAUCGGCCCCGGGCUGCUACGGUGGUGGCACGCGGACCCCUGAAGUGUGUAAAGCUGGAUCGGCCCCGCUUUGAACGAGUGCUCGGUCCUUGUUCCGAAAUCCUCAAGAGAAACAUUCAGAGAUACAACAGUUUCAUUUCACUCACCGUCUAAAUGGUUCCUUUUGGAAAGCUGCCUUUGUGUGACCUUGUGCACUUAAAUUUGCUCUGUGCAGCUCCAUAGCUUUAUGAAGAAAAAAAAAGUGUGCAUUUUAUGUGUAUUUUUUUUGUUUAUGUCACAUAGUGGAUGUCAGUUCAAAUCUCAUGUAUCAUGUAAGUAGGAAGACAACUGUUUGGAUAAGACUAGCUUUGGGGAAGAUUAGCCUCUUGGCUUGCAGGCAAGAUUUUUACCUAUUGUUGGAUUUUAUAGCUUAAAACUGUGUUUUUAACUAUUUAACAUACAUAUGAAUUUCUAUUUCCCUCAUUAUCUUUAAAGUUGGUCUUAUUCACCUUUUGUCAAGCUUCUUUGA